AUGGAGAAGUCAAGUAGUGAGGAUUCUUCAAUUCACCGGAGUCCAUCUUUGGAUAGCAAAGACUCAGAUUUUGCUAAACCUUCUACCUCAGGGAGGCAAUUUGGUCGAGGUUUUACUGCAGGAGCUUUCUAUGGUACAACUGGAUCACGCACACAGAGCCACACUGGGGUCGGAACCGGGACCGGCGCUGGGACUGGAACUGGCGUAAAAAGUGAUAAAUACGGUGCACCCAAAGGCAGCAAAUACGUGGUCUUUUACCUGGAUCUAUCCUUUGUUUUCCUUUUAGAAUUUAAGAAGUGCAACAUGGCAAGAGGCUGCCUGUGUUGUUUGAAAUACAUGAUGUUCCUUUUCAAUUUAAUAUUUUGGUUAUGUGGCUGUGGUCUGCUGGGUGUGGGCAUCUGGCUGUCAGUGUCACAAGGAAACUUCGCCACGUUUUCUCCUAGCUUUCCGUCGCUUUCAGCUGCCAAUCUAGUCAUUGCCAUUGGCACAGUGAUCAUGGUGACUGGCUUUCUGGGCUGCCUAGGUGCUAUCAAGGAAAACAAGUGCCUCCUGUUGAGCUUUUUCAUCGUUUUGCUGAUAAUUCUUCUGGCAGAGCUGAUAUUACUCAUUUUGUUCUUUGUUUAUAUGGACAAGGUCAGUGAGAGUGCAAAGAAGGAUUUGAAGGAAGGUAUGAAGCUAUACAACUCAGAAAAUAAUGUUGGACUGAAAAAUGCAUGGAAUAUCAUUCAAGCAGAGAUGAAAUGCUGUGGUGUGAAUGACUUUACAGAUUGGUACCCAGUGCUGGGAGAAAACAUUGUCCCAGACCGAUGUUGUACAGAAAACUCCCAAGACUGUGGACGGAACUCAACUGAAUUAGUGUGGAAAACGGGAUGUUAUGAGAGAGUUAUGACCUGGUUUGAUGAGAACAAGCAUGUCCUUGGUUCAGUUGGGAUGUGCAUCCUCAUAAUGCAGAUUCUUGGCAUGGCCUUCUCCAUGACACUCUUCCAGCAGAUUCACAGGACUGGCAAAAAAUACGAUGCCUAAAACCUCUGAAACAUUAUCACAUCAACCUUUCUAUCUCAUCAUAAAAAUGAACACAAGGAAUGACCGCAAAGAGCAUCACGCCUAGCCCUGCUGAAGGAAUCCGUCCCAACUUUGUUGUUACUUGUCCAGUUAUUAUCACAACUUGUUAUUUGACUCUUUUUUUUUCUGUUUCACAUUUGCCAUUUAUUUGCCAAAGAGGGGGGAAACCCCCCCAAACAAAUGGAUUUUCUACACAAAAUCAUAGUUCUGCUCUAAGAAUGUUUCUUAACUUAAGAAAAUGUUUUGCUCUACUAAUCCAUGCUAUAUGUGCAAAAAUU